AUGGCAUCAACGUCGCUGACGACGACGACGCCGACGUGGCGCAACCCCUUCGAGCCCGCGCGUCAGCCGUUCGACAGCGAGAUGGCGCAGCUCCUCGAGAGCAUCCACGCAUGCCACAUCUCGCGCCCGCAGGCCUGCUGGGACGACCUCCUCGUGCAAAUGUCGUCGAUCCGGCUUGUGGCGCCGGCCUUCCAGCACGCUGCGCUUGAGUCGACGCUGUCGCGCUUCACGGGGCUCAGCCUCGCCGACUCACGCCACGUCGUGAGUUUGCACGACUACCAGUAUUUACACGCCAAGCUCAAUACGCUGGCACUCUAACGCUCCUAAUCUACUUUCGGCAUAGAAAGACAAAACACAGCAGAAACACGAUGGGGUUUAGAG